AAAACCACCCAAAGCUUACCAAAACCAAACCCCAAAACCAAAAGCGCAAUUUGCAGAGCCCCUCUGAUUUAGUAACCCGUUUCUAGUAGUACCACCGCCCCACCAUGCCGGGCAGUUUAGAGCCGUUGGAUUUAGUCGGGGUGCAGAUUCCCUACCAUUUCAGGUGUCCGAUCUCCCUAGAGCUCAUGCGCGACCCGGUUAUAAUCAGCACCGGCCAGACCUACGACCGCCCCAGCAUCGAGUCCUGGGUCGCCACCGGCAACACCACCUGCCCCGUCACCCGGACCCAACUCGCCGACUUCACCCUCAUCCCCAACCACACUCUCCGCCGGCUCAUCCAGGAGUGGUGCGUCGCCAACCGCUCUUUCGGCGUCGAGCGAAUUCCGACGCCGAAACAACCCGCCGACCCGACCCUCGUCCGGUCGCUCCUCUCACAGGCCGGGUCGCACUCCAACCCGUACCCGACCCGGCUCGCCGCGCUGCGCCGCCUCAGAGGCCUGGCCCGCGAUUUGGAUAAGAACCGCUCCAUCAUCUCCUCCCACAUUAACGCGCGGGAAAUCCUCGUCAAUAUCGUCUUCGCCGACUCCUGCCCCGAUUCCGAGCUGAACCGCGAGGCGCUCGCGCUUCUCGUAAUGUUCCCGCUCGCCGAGUCCGACUGCGUGGCGGUGGCGUCGGACCCGGACCGGGUCGGGUUCCUGGCCCGGCUCCUGUUCCACAAUUCCAUGGAGGUCCGAGUCAACUCGGCCGCGUUGAUCGAGAACCUCCUGGCCGGGUCGCGGACGGCGGAGCUCCGAGCGCAGAUAAGCAAUGUGGAUGAAAUCCACCGAGGCGUGAUCGAAAUUCUCCGGAACCCAAUCGCUCACCCGCGGGCUCUGAAAAUCGGAAUCAAAGCCUUGUUCGCGUUGUGCCUGGUGAAGCAGACACGUGAGAAGGCCGUGUCGGCCGGAGCGCCGGAGACGCUGAUCAACACUCUCGCCGACUUCGAGAAAUGCGACUCGGAGAGAGCCCUGGCCACCAUAGAGCUCCUCUGCCGCAUCCCCGAAGGGUGCAGCGCGUUCGCGGCGCACGCGCUGACGGUGCCGCUGCUGGUGAAGACGAUACUGAAGAUCUCGGACCGGGCGACGGAGUACGCGGCGGGGGCACUUUUGUCAUUGUGCUCGGAGUCGGAGCAGAGCCAAAACGACGCCGUGGCGGCGGGGAUUAUGACGCAGCUGUUAUUGCUGGUGCAGAGUGACUGCACGGACCGGGCGAAGAGGAAGGCGCAGCUGCUGCUGAAGCUUCUUCGGGAUUCGUGGCCCGAAGAUUCUGUCGGAAAUUCGGAUGACUUUGUUUGCAGCGACGUCGUAUGGUAGUUUUUCAAUUUUCAUUUUCUUCUUCUUCGUCCUUCACAGUAAUCUCAAUUCUUCAUAAUUUUUAGGUUAAAAAAAAAAAAAAAAGAGCCCAAAGGGAAGAAGAAUUGAGGUGGUAGAUGGGUAUAUAAAGGGAUGUAAUUUUUGUGUAAUCUUUGUAUGUAAGAAUUUUUGUUUAGAAGCAGAUGAUGAAAAGAUAGAUAAGUUACUGUGGUGAA